AUGAAUCUCGAGCAAUCAUACAUCACUGAAUCUAUUACUACGGAUAUGAGUGCACCCCCUUCGGUUGGCUACUCAGAAAGCAAGUACAUCGCCGAACGUCUUCUAGCCCACGCAGCUUCCAAGCAUAACCUUGAAGUAAAAAUCUUACGCCUGGGCAUAAUUGCCGGUGCAUUUAGAAGCAACGGUCGAUGGAACUCUGCUGACUGGAUUCCCGCUUUGAUACUGGGCUCAAAGGUUCUAGGUGUACUUCCAGAGUCUUUGAGUGGAAAUGAAAUUGAGAGCGAAGAUAUCAUUGACUGGGUCCCUAUUGACGUUGCCGCCGAUGCAAUUGCUGAACUAAGUCUGGGGGAUUUUACAGAUCCCAACCACAGUGUCAAUGUGUUUCAUAUAUUGAAUCCUCAUCAAACGACAUGGAAAGCAUUGUUGCCAUCUAUUACCGCAUCUUUGCAGAAUUCAGCACAUAGGUCUAUUCAAGUCGUCUCUCCAGCAGAGUGGAUUUUGCAUUUGCGAAACAGUGCCUCAACACUUCUAUCUAGCAACAAGGAUGUUCCUGAUGAGGCCACUAUUUCUGCGAUUCGGGAAAAUCCAGCUUUAAAACUUAUUGCUUUCUUCGAUGCACAGUUUGGAGCCAAUGGUGAAGGACAUGUCACAAGGAAGUGGGAAUAUACCAGAGCAGAACAAGCCAGCAGAAAUCUGAGAUCUGCACCAGCAAUUAACGAAACCGUAAUGGCGCGAUGGAUUGAACAAUGGAUUGAGUCACAACUGAAGUAA